AUGCUGCUGCUGAGUUUACUGCUCUGCUUCAGCCCGACUGCACUGGGACAACUGGAGGAAUCCCAGUUUGGAGAUGAUAUUGAUUCCGAGCUCGCAGACUUUGAUUUAGACAUCGCACCACGCAGGGUCCCAAGGCAGGUGAAAACUCUACUCAGCAAGGAGACUAAACCUCACAUCCAGGAGCUCUCCAUCAAGACCACCAUCAUCUCCCGGUAUGCCUUCACCGCGGUGCACUGCGCCAUGCUCAACCGGCACUCCGCCGCUGCAGAGGGCGUCUUCCAGUUCCAGAUCCCCGCUGGCGCCUACAUCUCCAACUUCACCAUGAUCAUCGGAGGGCGUGUCUACCAGAGCGAGGUCACGCCGAAGGGAAAGAGGGUCAAGCAGGAGAACAGCAAAGCACGGAACAAAGAGUCAGGUGAUGCAAGUCCCGAGGAGGUGGAGGUGUUCAGGAUGGCGGCCAGCAUCCCGGGUCGGAACCGGGCCGUGUUCCUGCUGACCUACGAGGAGCUCCUGCAGCGGCGUCUGGGUCGCUACGAGCUCGUGACCAGCCUGCGUCCGCUGCAGCUGGUCAGCCGCCUCAGCCUGGACGUCACCAUCGUGGACCACUCGCCCGUCACCGACCUCCAGGUGCUGCCGCUCCGCAACGGCAGGAGCACCGGCACCAAGACUCCAGCCAAGCCCGAGCUUCCCGUCACCACUGUGAUCAAAAACGAAAAGAACGUCUGCAAGAUCACCUUCAGCCCCAACAUCGUCCAGCAGGCCAAGAUCACCACCAACGGCAUCCUGGGAGACUUUGUGAUCCGCUACGACGUGCAGAGGGACAUGGGGAUCGGAGACAUUCAGGUUCUAAACGGCCAUUUCGUGCACUACUUUGCCCCCAAAGACCUGCCGGUUGUGCCCAAGAAUGUGGUGUUUGUGAUCGACACCAGCGCCUCCAUGUUGGGGACGAAGAUCAGACAGACUAAAGAUGCUCUGUUCACCAUUCUGAGGGAUCUGCGACCCGGCGAUCGCUUCAACUUCAUCAGCUUCUCCAAUAGGAUCAAAGUUUGGCAGCCAAAUAGUCUCGUAUCAGUGACGCCCCUCAACAUCAGAGACGCAAAGAAGUUUAUUUACAUGCUGGUGCCCAAUGGAGGCACAAAUAUCGAUGAUGCCAUCCAGACCGGCUCCAAUCUGCUCAGAGAUUACGUCUCGAGCCCCGACGCUAGCCCCAACAGCGUCUCCCUCAUCAUUUUCCUGACGGACGGACGACCCACGGUCGGGGAGAUCCAGUCCACCGCCAUCCUCGGCAACACCCGCUCAGCCGUUCAAGAGAAGUUCUGCAUCUUCACCAUCGGGAUUGGGAACGACGUUGAUUAUCGGCUGCUGGAGCGCAUGGCUCUGGAAAACUGCGGGAUGAUGAGACGCAUCAACGAGGACGCCGACGCCAGCGCUAUGCUCAAAGGGUUCUACGAUGAGAUAGGAACUCCUCUGCUCUCCGACAUACGGAUCAACUACACCGAGGACUCCGUCCAGUACGUCACCCAGCAUCUGUUCACCAACUACUUCAACGGCUCUGAGAUCGUCAUCGCGGGUAAGCUGUCCAACCAGAGCACAGAAUCUCUCCACGUCCAGGUAACGGCCAGCAACAACGACCGGAGCAUCGUCCUGGAGACCGACGUCCCGCUGCGUCACCGACAGACGGAGACUGAGAAACACGUGAAAGCGGCCAUGGCGGCUAUGGCGGUUGGAGCUAAGACUCCAGGGUCAGGGGUCGCAGAGGGAUUAGGGGUUGCUUUGGGUUCAAUAGCUGAAGAGUUUGUGGAACGCGUGUGGGGUUUCCUGAGCGUCAAGGAUGGGCUACGGUCGCGGCUGCGCAGCCAAACCAGCAAGGAGAGGGAAGACCACAUCCAGCAGGCCACCAAUCUGUCUAUGACCUACCACUUCCUCACCCCGCUCACCAACCUGGUGGUGGAGAAGCCUGAGGUCCUUGCUGACGGCAGCAUGGCCCCGGCGCCCACCAUCCCCCCAUCAGCUGGUGAGGCGGUAUCAGCUGCCAACGACCUGCCUGAUGACGCAGAAGACGGAAAGCAAGAGAAACCCAACAGGAGGCCAGGCAGCCAGACCUCAUCUCUGAGCAACAAGAUUGGUAAAGUUGAGAGACGACUGGCAAAGAAAUCCAUCACCUUCUCCAAAACAUCAGCGGAUGGUGACCCCCACUUUGUGGUGGAGUUCCCGCUCAGUAAACUGACGGUGUGCUUCAACAUCAACGGUGAGCCUGGACACAUCCUACGCCUGGUGUCCGACCACAAGCACUCUGGUGUGACAGUGAACGGUAAGCUAAUCGGCGCCCCUGCUCCGCCUGGUAGCCACAAGCAGCAGCGCACCUACUUCAGCACCAUCACCAUCGUGGUGGAUCACCCCAGACGGGCCUACAUCGAGGUGACCCCUAAGAAGGUCAUCCUGGACGGGCGGGACAGAAUGGUGCUGCCCUGCCACUCCACGGUCGCCGUCGACAGCGGCGCUCUGUCGGUGUCCGUGGUGGGGAAGUCUAACGUGACCGUGACGGUGGGAGGGAACAUCGCGUUCGUGAUCCUGCUGCAUCAGUACAAGAACCCGGCGCCCUACCAGAGAGACCACCUGGGGUUCUACAUCAGUAACAGCAAGGGGCUGUCGCACAACUGCCACGGCCUGCUGGGUCAGUUCCUGUAUGAGGAAGUGGGUCUGGCAGAGCUUCCAGCACAAGGAGACAUGAAGCCGUCGGCGGUGCUGAAGGUGAAGGAGCGCUCGGUGCCGGUGGUGCAGAAGAGCCGGAGGAUCUACAGCGGGACUCAGAGCGUGGACUGCUGGUUCGCCCGGAACAACGCGGCCAAGCUGAUAGACGGACAGUACGAGGACUAUCUGACGUCAAACAUGUUCGACACGGAGGACUGGCCACACGGGACCAACAGAGUGUGAUGUCACCAAACUGUAGCAUCUACGGGACUCAUUUCACUCUGCAGCCAUAUCACAUCCCAGCAGACGUUUCCAAAUGACAAAACUUCACAUUUUCAUCUGUCUUUCUGUA